CCGCGUAUUGGUAAUCAGGUCUUUGUAAUCAGCAUCCGUAGUUGGAGGAUUAUACGCAGUUAUAUAAGACCUGUUGUGCAAGAGGACAAUAGCUACCGACGUACCUAACAGUAAUACUGUUUUGAACUUCAUCUCUCUAUACACCUAGAUCAGAAUCAGAACCAGCAAUUUCUUCAUAAUGGCCGUAGCUACUCCCAAGAUCAAGCUAUACACUAACCAUGCGUGUCCUUGGGCCCACCGAGCACACAUUGCGCUAGCGGAGCUUCAGGUACCCUUCGAGGAGGAGAUCAUUGACUUGUCGGUUCCCCGUACUGCGGAAUACCUAAAGAUCAACCCGAGGGGUCAAGUUCCGUCAAUCAACUUCAACGGCGAGAUCCUCGCCGAGUCAGCGAUAAUCGCAAAUUUCCUGGCCGACGCGUUCCCUUCUCAUUUGCUCCCAGCCGCGGGCAGCCCGGAAGCCGCCUUGCUCCGGGCUAGAACGGCUUUCUUUGUCGACACUUUCAUCUCCAAAAUCAACGGUAACCUGUACAAGGCACAGAGUGCCCCGACAGAUGCCGAGGCAGACGAAUGGAUUGCAAAAUAUGUCGACGGGAUCGUCAAGGAGAUCGAGCCGCAACUAGCCAACGCGGCCCCGUUCUUCAACGGCAGCAGCAAGCUCACACAAGCUGAAGUUCUGACAGGUUCCUUCAUCAUCCGCCUCUUCGCGCUCUUGAAGCACGGCGUUCUUCCCGAAAGCGUCGCCAAUGAUCUAUCGACCAAGGCGCCCAACUUCUACAAAUGGGGCCAGGCGGUGGCGAAUCACCCCAGCGUGAGCGGAAUAUUCCCAGAGGAUAGGGUGGUGGCAUUCACGAAGAACGCGAUAGCUAAGGCGCGAGGAAACUAAAAUUGAGCUGAACUGUGUAGGUAGUAAGUAGUAGGCCACAGUUAUAUAUAGUUUGGACGACGGAUGAUAUUAUAUGGUGUUUCUUGACUAUGUUGACUAUGUUGACUAUGUUGACUAUGUUGACUGUGAUAAGUAUGAACAUGGAAUAACAUGGAAUUACUUGAAUAGAUACCUAGUUGGUAGAGAUUAAUGUAAUAUCAUACUAAUAUGUAAAGUACAU